UUUUAUAUCACUGCUUGGUAACACCUUCUUAAAAUAUAAUUAUCUUUAGUUCCUUGUUAAUUACAUGAAAAUAAGAAAAAUAAAGAAGACAUUUAGAAAAAAUGAGCACCACUGUAGAUCCAAGACGUAAAGAAAAGGUAAAUCGUUACAAACCACCACAAAAUCAAGGGCAAAGUGGCAGCGGUGCUAAUGAAGACCUUACGCCAGAUUACAUGAAUAUCUUGGGUAUGAUAUUUUCUAUGUGUGGCUUAAUGAUGAAAUUAAAGUGGUGUGCUUGGUUUGCUUUAUAUUGCUCAAGCAUAAGUUUUGCAAGUUCUCGUGUUAGUGACGACGCCAAACAGGUCUUAUCUUCGUUUAUGUUAAGCGUUAGUGCGGUGGUAAUGUCCUAUUUGCAAAAUCCCACACCGAUGACACCGCCUUGGGCUGCGGUUAUAUAAUUUAUUAACUAAUGAAAAUUUAAAGAUCUUGAAUAAACUGUGAAUAAUCAUAAGCUUAUCUUAAUAAUUAAACUAAAAAAUUUGAAAUUAUAGGUUUAAAUUCAUUCAAA